AUGCUGGCAGCCCGAUUCCAUGGACGAGAGGAUAUUCGCCUCGAUAAAGUGGAGGAGCCGAAAUGUGGAAAGGGUGAAGUCAAGAUGAAACCAGCCUUUGUUGGACUUUGUGGUAGUGACCUCCACGAGUAUACAGCUGGUCCUGUUCUCAUUCCCGAAACUCCGCAUCCCAUUACGGGCUCCAAAUACCCUGUCACUAUGGGUCAUGAAUUCAGUGGCAUUGUUGAGGAGGUUGGCGACGAUAUAAACUAUCUCUCUGCCGGUCAAAGGGUAGUGGUUCGACCGACCAUCUUCGACCGAACUUGUUCAUCCUGCAAAAAGGGGAUUGAGCAUUGCUGCGAGAACAUUGGGUUUAUUGGUUUAAGUGGAUAUGGAGGUGGUUUGGCCGAGCAUAUUGUCGCUCCCGUCGAACACUUCUAUCCUAUUCCAAACAACGUCUCCCUUGAAUCAGCAGCUUUGGUGGAGCCUCUCGCAGUAGCUUGGCAUGCGGUCAACAUCUCCCCUUUCAAGCCUGGUGACAAUGUUCUAAUUGUGGGUGGCGGUCCAAUCGGUAUAGGCAUUGUACAAGUACUCAAAGUACAAGGUGCCAAGUCAAUCAUGGUAGUUGAGCCCACGGAAAACCGCAAGCAAUUGGCUCAAGACCUCGGCGCGACAUACUUACUUGAUCCCCAGAAAGUCGAUGUCCCGGAGAUGGUGCAUCAACUGACCAAUGACAUAGGCGCCGAUGUUCUCUUCGACACCGCCGGUGUGGAGAUAGCACUAGACGGGGCAAUAUCAGCAUGUCGUAUCCAUGGGACGAUCGUGAAUAUUGCAGUAUGGGAGAAGAAACCCGCUGUUGAUGUGAAUGACUUAAUGUACAAGGAACUGAACUAUAUGGGAGCAGCUCUCUAUGAUGAGGCAUCUUUCAAAGAUGUGAUCAAAGCCAUAAGCUACGGUCAAUUGAAACCCGAUGAGAUGGUCACUUCAACCAUAAAACUGAGCGAGGUGGUGGAAAAAGGAUUCAAGGCUUUAAUUGAGCAUCGGGAUCAGCAUUGCAAGAUCCUGGUCGAUAUGCAGAAUUCGUGA